CACAAACGGACGCCCAGGGGGCCUCUGGGCCAAUGAUGGCUGCUGAUGGGAAUGGGAUCCCCGUAACUGAAUCACUCCUUCGUGUCGGCACGAUAAGCUGCUUGCUGUCGGGAUGGCGAAUGCCUUGCCUCCCCAGCUUCCUUAUAAUGGCCCGUCUCCGGCCCCCGCUGUGGUCUGGACUGCUGCUGCACUCCAUCUCCAACUUUGUUGCGCGCUGUCAUCAUGAGUGCCCCGUCAUUGAAGGCCCUCGAGGAGGCCAAGUCCGACGUGAAGAGGCCGGAUGUGUACGACUAUGAAGACCCCCCGGCGCUGAAGGGUGAAAUCCAGCUGGAACACAACAUGGAAACCCAGCGAGGGUUGUCCUCGCGGCAGCUGCAGCUGAUUGCCAUCGGUGGUUGUAUUGGAACGGGUCUGUUCGUGGGGUCAGGAUCGACCCUGUCCACGGUGGGCCCGGCGCCGCUGUUUAUGGGCUACAUGGCCAUGUCGUCGGUGGUCUGGUUUGUGAUGAACGUGCUGGGUGAGAUGACCACCUACCUCCCUAUCAAGGGCGUCUCCGUGCCCUAUAUCAUCGGCCGCUACACAGAGCCGAGUAUUGGAUUCGCUGCUGGGUACAACUAUUGGUACUCCUUCGCCAUGCUAUUAGCCACAGAAGUCACUGCUGCCGGCAUCAUCAUCCAAUACUGGACGACCUCCAUCAACGUCGGCGUGUGGAUCACCAUCAUCCUCCUCGUCAUCCUCCUGCUCAACAUUGUCGCCGUAUCCUGGUACGGCGAGGCCGAGUUCUGGUUCGCCACCCUCAAAAUCCUCGCCAUCAUCGGACUCAUCAUCCUGGGAGUGGUGCUCUUCUUCGGCGGCGGCCCCAACCACGACCGUCUCGGCUUCCGCUACUGGGAGCAUCCAGGGGCAUUCAACCCCUACCUGGUCGCCGGAGCCACGGGGCGCUUCCUGGACUUCUGGACGGCGUUCAUCAAGUCCGGGUUCUCGUUCAUCUUCUCGCCCGAACUCAUCACCACCGCCGCCGGCGAAGUCGAGGCCCCGCGCCGCAACAUCCCCAAAGCCACCAACCGCUUCAUCUACCGAGUAUUCACCUUCUACAUCCUGGGCACGCUCGUCAUCGGCGUGACUGUCGCCUACAACGACCCGCGUCUUCUGUCUGCCGUCGCCAGCGGCUCGUCCACCGCCAGCGCCAGCCCGUUCGUCAUCGCCAUCCAGAACGCCGGCAUCUCCGGCCUCAACCACGUCGUCAACGCCGCCAUCCUCAUCUCUGCCUGGUCCUCCGGCAACGCGUGGCUCUUCGCCGGCUCCCGUACCCUCUACUCCAUGGCCUGUGGCGGCCAGGCCCCCAAGGUCUUCACCCGCUGCAACCGCAACGGCGUGCCCUACUACGCCGUCCUCAUCACCUGGGCCGUGGGGCUUCUCUCCUUCCUCAACCUGUCCAGCUCCGGCGCCAACGUCUUCUACUGGUUCACCAACAUCACCACCGUCGGCGGAUUCAUCAACUGGAUCCUCAUCGGUAUCGCCUACCUGCGCUUCCGCAAAGCCAUGACCUUCCACGACCUCCUCGAUACACUCCCCCUCAAAACCGUCUUCCAGCCCUACGGCACCUACUACGUCAUCACGAUCGUCACUCUCCUGACCAUCACCAACGGCUACGCGGUCUUCUUCCCCGGGGAAUUCUCCGCCGCGGAUUUCCUCGUCGCGUACAUUGGCAUCGCCAUCUUCGUGGUCCUCUACGUCGGCCACAAGAUCUGGUACCGCACGCCGUGGAUGACCAAGGUGUCUGAGAUCGAUGUGUUCUCGGGCAAGGAGGAGAUUGAUCGGUUGUGUGAGGAUGAUUUCGAUCGCCAGCCGAGGAAUUGGUUGGAGAGGGUGUGGUGGUGGGUUGCUUGAGAUGGAUAUACACAUAGUACAUACUUGGUUAGUUGAUGGGUGUGGGGGUUGUGGGAGAGUGUAUUCAUGAUUAUGAUGAUUGAUGGUGAUGGAUGGGUGGUAUGGCAAUUCAUUUGUAUAUAGAUUCUUUGGGAGGGUUGCUGGGAAUACCACCUGUUUUUGUUUG